AUGAAUAAAGCCACGCCUCGAGCCCAGGCAAUCGCCGACAAGAUCUCAACAUUACUCAAGCCUCACAGAAAUGUGUCUCCAGUCGUCAGUCCUCCAGCUUACAAUGAUGAUCACCAGCAUCGAUCAGUAAGCUUGGCCUCGGUGGUGUCACUUAUGCUUCUUCUCUUGUUAUCGAUACCGACUCUGGCUCUCAAGGCCUACAGCUACAGCUUCAUCGAAUCCAACGCUGAGAUGGGCUUCUAUUUGGUGAAUAACGGGAUCCAAGGCAUGCCUGAAAGCGGAAGCCUGGUUGCUGCUCUUCCUCAUAACAUCUUCCGCGUACCUGAAAAGCUCGUAUUGAUCGUUGCGAUGCUGAACGUUCUACUGAGCACAGCACACCUGGCUUUUAUCGCUUGGGACUGGAAAGUUGGCCGAAAAACACAGACGCGCGUCUUCCGUCGCAUAGCCAUGGUUGUACACAUCAUAAACGCUAUCCUGGUUCUGACCGCUCUCGUUGCUAUCCUCGUCUCCCAUAAGGCUUCAUCGCUAUUUAAUUACGAGCUCAUACCAAAUUCCCCUAACGCGGUGUCUCCAUCUGGCUACAAGUACUAUCGCUAUGACGCUGGCACUUUUGAUCUUGAAACAUGGACCUGUGAGCUGGAGAGCCCGGACAGCAUAGGAGAGGCAAGAAAGGACUAUAAGGCACAGUGCGAUAUUGAAGUCGCUGGGAGAACAAUCCUGGUUCCUUUCUUCCUUGUUGCGGUAGCCAUCGCAGGUGUGUCAAUAUGUGCACUCGUUGUUGGUGGAAGGCAAGAGUCUCAAAGUGAACAUCUCUGGACCAAGGACGUUGAUCUUGAGAUGAACAAGGGAAAUAUUGAUGACAAGUAUGUGCGGGUAGAGGAAGUUGAGCUUGAAACUCUGGAGAGGCCAGAAAGACGGAAAAACGGUCGGCUGAGCAAGAUCGAAGAGGAUGAGCAAGAGGCGGAGGAAGUGCCGAACAAGACAGCGGCCGCGUCUGAAUCUAUCAUCAGUGGGGUGGCCGAUCCUCUACCUUCUAAAAGCAAGGAUGCGGUCGCAAGGAAAACAGACGGGGCAGCGUGA